UCUCUCUCUCUCUACCCAUUUCAGACCAUGAUAUUUCAUACCAUGAUAUGAUAUGAUCAACCCAAGCAAAAAAACAAAAAUUAAAAAAUCAGAAAAAAGGUGAGAAAGGUAGGAAGAAAAAGUAAAAACCUUGCAAGGAAGAACCAGAUUCUAAGUUCUCUAAAGAGACUUGGUAAAAAGCAGAGUCUGAACCCAAAAUUCUUCACUAUUAUGAAGGGUAGAAGCAUGUUAUGGUGUGCUUCAGGAGAGGGAGGUUAGAGAGAGAAACUAAUUAAGAGUUUUAGGUUCAUCUCUCUCUUCUUCCACAGUUGCUUUCUUUUUUCCUGGUUCAGCUUUCUGAAAGGUGUUUGGAAGAAUGGAAAAUAACUUCUUCAGGGAGGAAAAGUGAUGCUAGAAACAUGGGGAAGAAGGGAAGUUGGUUUUCUGCAAUCAAGAGGGUUUUCAUACCCAGUUCUAAGGAGAAGCCUGUAAAUGGAUCGGAGAAGAAAAGUUCCAAGGAAAAGAAGAAGGGGCGAGGAAUAUUGAGGCAUGGAGAGACGAAAUCAUUCAUUCCCCUCUUCAGGGAGCCGAGCAGUAUUGAGAAAAUCCUCGGGGAAGUAGACCAACAGAACAUACUUAUUGGGCCAUCCACGCCUGCUGAGGAACCAAAACCAGCACCUUUGGUGGUCCCCCGGGCUGCCUCUCCUAGGGUUGCUUCUCCAAAAGUUGUGUCUCCUAGAGCUACUUCUCAACGUGUUACGUCUCCCAGAGCCUCUGUUCAACGAGUUACGUCUCCCAGAGCUGCUUCACCACGUGUUGCUUCUCCUAAAGCGGCUUCUUCAAGAGCUUUUGUUCAGCAUCACCAUAAGGAAGUCAGCUACAGGCCAGAACCGACUCUAAGAUUCCACCAUAUUUCUGCCACCAAGAUCCAAGCAGCCUAUAGAGGCUACAUGGCAAGGAGGAGCUUUAGAGCUUUGAAGGGUCUUGUGAGGCUUCAGGGAGUGGUGAGAGGCCAGAAUGUGAAGCGACAAACUGUGAACGCCAUGAAAAUGAUGCAACUCUUAGUGCGCGUUCAAACUCAAAUUCAGUCGCGCAGGAUCCAGAUGUUAGAAAACCAAGCAAUCCAACGUCAAUCUUACAAGAACGACAAGGAAUUAGAGAGUAACUUCGGCAAAUGGACUGCAAGCCAGUCUGAGGCAGGUCAUCAAGGAGACUGGGAUGAUAGCUUGCUGACAAAAGAGGAAAGAGAGGCAAGGCUGCAGAAAAAGGUGGAGGCAAUCUUCAAGCGAGAAAGAUCAAUGGCUUAUGCAUAUUCCCACCAGUUGUGGAAAGCCAAUCCUAAAUCAGCUCAAACAUCGCAAACGGACAUCCGGUCCGGUGGUUAUCCUUGGUGGUGGAACUGGUUGGAACGCCAACUACCUCCUCCCACAAACCCUCCCGAAACUCAAUCCAUAAAGUCUUUGCACCCUAGUCCUCUGAGGCCUACUCUUGAGCCAAAACCGAGCCCACGACCCGCAUCUGUCAACUACAAGCAACAGAAUAUUGGGUAUGACAGUCUUGAAGUAACGACGCCAAUGUCGACAAGAUCAGCAGUACCUGCAAGAACUAAGCACCUCUUUACACCUACCAAUAGAACACCACCGCGACACAGCUCUGGUCUGAAUCUGAGAUAUUCAAAACCAAGAACUAGUGCUGCUAAUUCUGCCUUUGAUAUGGCAAUGAAGGAUGACGACAGCCUCACGAGCUGCCCCCCAUUUUCUGUUCCAAACUAUAUGGUGCCGACUGUUUCGGCAAAAGCUAAAGUGAGAGCGGGUAGCAACCCGAGGGAGAGGUUUCCAGGAACUCCGAGCAGUGUUGGUGGAGGUGGCGGUGGCGAUUCGAAGAGGAGGUUUUCGUUUCCUCUAACACCGAACAUUGGGUCUUUCAAGUGGAACAAAGGAGGGUCAAGCAAGGAAUCAACAACUCCACAGAGGGUGUUGGAAAAGCAUUCUUCUUUGCAAUCUAUAGAUGAUUUGAGUAUUGAUUCAACCAUUUCUAUGCCUGCUGCUGUUGGGAGGAAACCGUUUAACCGAUUCGUGUGAUUGCUUUUUUCGUUUUCUUAAUUUUGGAUUUGUUAACCUUUUUCUGUUAUAACUAUAUUGGGGCUUUUCUGAUUAUUCUUUUUUUUUGCAAUACUGAAGUUGUGUGUUGUUAUAAUUACUACAAAAUACUGAUCAUAUGUAUAAUAAUAAAGAAACAGUAGGAAAUGAUGAUGGGUUUGAAUGGAAGAGGAUUUGGGUUUUUUAAAAAUGUAGUGUGUUCGCA